GAUAAGAAUUUUGCCUUUACCACAUAAAACUUGUAUUAUUCUGUUACUAUUUGCUGAUAAAAGUUCGUACGACUGAUAAAAAUUUAUUACAUAAAAUAUAAAUAUCCGCUUUAAUAAAUUCAUGAGUGAAAUUGCCAAAAAAAUUGCUGUACUACAUUAUUUAUCCCUCUAUGUUAUAUUUUAACAAUGCUUGAUCUUCCUAUUGAUGCAAUGAGUGUUAAUACAAGUUUGGCAGAGAAUUAUUUCAAACAAAAUAAUAGUGAAUUUAGUGGUAAGAAAUACUUAAAUUAUGAUGACGCUAAGCAUGAAGAAGUUAUUUAUACUGAUGGAUUUAAUAAUAUAAUAACAGUACAGGAUUUUGAAUAUGGAUUAGAUAUUAUUGAAAAGAAAGAAAGACCAACUUCAGAUGUAAAUACAUUGGAUUUUAAAUUCAUGAAUCUGAAAAAACUAAUUGAAGAUAACACUAAUUUGAUUAGUCAAAUAGAAUUUCUUAUUAGAAAUACACCUAUUAAUGAGGUGCAAAACUUUGACAUUAAACUGAUAUUACAAAAUAUAUUAUACAAUACAACUGUGAGCUGCAUAUCACAGUUUUCAGAAAAUUGCCUAUUUAUGGAUUAUAACACUCCUUUGGCUAAUCUUGGCUGUGUGGCACAGAUUCUAAGGCACUACACUCUAUGUGUCAUAGUAUCUCGCAAAAGUACUGCAGCUGUUUGUCAUCUAUUCACAGAGUUAUGUCAUAAAGCGGGGCUUGCUGUUGAGCUCAUAUUCUGUGAAGAUGAAUAUGUAAUUAACUCUGUUAAUUAUGUGAACAUGACAAGUGUUAAAUCCAUCAUGAGCGGAUGCGUGGGUGUGAUAUCUGAGAAUGCUGAUAUAGAAUCAGCUGUGGACACAUUAUUAGAGACAACAGUUCGGUAUCCAUGGAAAUUGCAACGCGUUUUAGUACAAGAGAGUGUGUAUAGUACAUUCAAGAAGGCUAUGCACUGGAAAACAAAGGAUGUUCCAUCACAUACUACACAAAAUACAUUCUGUACGGAGACCUUUCAUUACAAAGAAAAAACAUUUUUAAUAGAUUGCACUGCUUCACAGAAACAUGAAGGCGUCUAUAUUGAAGCUUAUAGAACUACUAAAGAACUAAUAUCGCUACUUAAGAAGUACAACAAUUUCUUUAUGUCGUUGUGGACGGAUAGUAUUGUUGAGAGCAGUGAAAUAUCUCAUCAUGCUACAGCUGACGUCAUUUGGAUUAAUAAUUUUGGUUUAUUCGACGGUCCACCGCUAUCUUCACAAGCCGUAUACGGAACUAUAUGUUCAAAUUACAAUCGUUCAACAGAUACUUUUAUAUAUGUCAAUAAACUAUGGAAGAAGCAACAGGAAGAUUGGCUGAAACUCCCAUUCCACGAACGCUGUAACAGACUCAAUUAUGUCUUGUGUGAAAAUCUAGCUAAAAAUGGAGAAAAUUUGGUGUUGCAACAAUUAAAAAAUGGCUUAAAAGAUUGGAAAUGCGAUUCUGUAUGCGUAUAUGUUGAUAAUGGCGUGGCAUGUGUGUGCACUGCGAAACCCAUAGAUUCUAUAUGUUACAAAAAUGUUUCACGCGCAGAUGCCUCGACUUUCACACAAAUAAUUAGAGAUUUAGCACUCGGGUCACCUGUUGUAGUUGAAUUUUGGAAUGAUGAAAUUGCCAGUUUUCAGUCUGAAAUGUCUCGUAUUGGGGUGCCAUUGUUUUUGUGCAGUGAUGACGAGUUUGCCGACAGUGUACGUAUUUUAGCAGUUGAAAGAUCAACUAGUCGCACUAAAGUCGUAUAUUCCAACUUUGGUACAAUUUUUGCAAAUUAAAGAUAUUUUUAUAAUAUAAUAAAUAUUGCAAGUGGUGCUGCUCUAAUUAUGACAACUAUAGUGUAAGUUUAAAUAUUUACCUAUGUUAUAUGUAUUUUAAUCGAAAUCAAAAUAAAUAAAAUGUUUAAUUG